UCUGUAUUUACGUCAACAAACAAGCAAACCUGGGGCCGUACCUUGACAGGAAAAAAGUGCAGCAGCUCCCAGAGCACUUUGGUCCGGUGCGGCCGCCGGCGGCCCUGCAGCAAGCGGUACAGGCCUGCAUCGACUGCGCCCUCCAGCAAAAGGCAGUCUUCUCGCUCAUCAAGCCGGGCUAUGGAGGCGAGAUGGUGUCAGUUUCAGCUUCUUUUGAGGGUAAGCAGCAUCUCCUGAACCUGCUGGUAGUGAACAGUAUUGGGUAUGUCCUGCGCUUCCUGAAGAAGCUCUGUCGCAGCCUCUUGUGUGACAAUCUCUUCAGCAACCAGCCUUUCCAGCAGUACAACGCCGUGUCAGAAAGCCCAGAGGUGUAUGAAAACAGACGGAUGGAGGCAGCAGAAACGGUUGUACCUGAGGACUACCUGGUUGAUCCUGCAAACAUGAAGCGGUACAGUGUGGAUCCUGCCGAUUCUGCCUUUGGUUGCAUGAGCUCCAUGUACGCCAUGAGGCAGAGUCCUGCAGAUGGACGUACUGCUGGGGGCUCCUCUUCCUCCUGUAGCCAUCGUCCUGCACAGAUGUCUUCAGAGGGGUCAUCAUCUACUGGCCUGCGGCACCAGACCCCCAGCCCAACAAGGAACGGAACCUAUCUUGAAG